UUUUAAUAUAAUUUUCUUCAUACUCGGAGAAAUUGGAAGACUGGAACAACUGGUUCUCUCCAAUUGGCUCUUUCAUUACAGUAGAAAUUAGGGCACGCUUCUCCCUCUUCUCCCUCUUCUCCACCCCCAAAUUCCCUUCAGCUUCCACACAUUUUCUCUCUCUUAAUCCCCUUUCUCACUGCUUUCUCGUCGAUUUCUCUCUCUCUCUCACCGGUUCCGAUCGGAGGCGGUGAUGAAGAGCUCUCCGCACCGAGGUAUGGAGGUGUUCGAUUUCAAGGAGCCGGAGGAGAACUCGGAAUCGGCUGUUGACAAAUAUGACGGGAAAUUGAAAAACCCUAGCUCCGACGACGACGAUGCUUUGAAGUACGAGUUUCUCGGAUUUGCUGCCCAGGAGACCCCAACAAAAGAAACUGGGAGUGCACCUUGUGUAGAUGUUGAUGCAGUCGACUGUGAGCUUAGUUGUGGUAAUGCUACUUCAUAUGUCCCUCUGGAUAAAGCUGAAGAGAAGAUUGAUUCUGGGACCGAGUGUUUCAAUGCUGCCCCACAAUUGCAAUCCUCGAGUCAUGAAGAAUGCCCUGAGUUCAGACCUUUAGAUAAUCAUGGAUCCAGAAGUUUUCUUUCUGAAGCGGAGAAAAGAUGUUCGGACCUUGAAGCCCCUUCCCCUGGGAAAAGCCAGUUGAACUGUGAUCGUUUAGAUUCUCCAUCCAAUAACGAACCUGUUGAUAUGACAUCAGAUGUUGAUCAAAGCAUGAAUGAGAGUUCUCCCUCAAGUCCUGCUUCUGGAAUGGCAGAGGAUGAUGAUUUGUUGAAUAAUCAUGCAAUUGAUCAUUGCUCCGGUGAUACAGAAAUGGACGACAUGAAUACGACCGUUGUUCUUUAUCCUGAUUACGUUAUAUAUCGGGAUAGUUAUUGUACAGGACCCAAAUUAACCUUUUCCAACAGUUACAUCAAACUCACUGGCUCAACUGGGUUUGAAAGCCGAGAAGCCUUUGACUUUGAAUGGGGAAUUGAUGACCUUGUCAAUAUUCAGUGUCAGUGGUUCGAAAGGGCUGAAACUGUGAUGAUAAAAUUAGAGGUGAUAUCGAGGGAUGCAUUUCAAGAAGAUGGUGGACAUGGUCCUUCAGGUGUUGAGGAAUUGAAGAUUGUAGCUGUUGAAUCCAACUGGUCACAGAAGCAGGAUGACAUAGCAUCUUUGCAUCAGAGAUAUAUUGCUGUGUGGCAAUUUGUGCAAGAUAGUUGUAUGGACAUGGGAACAUAUGGGGAUGAUUCGCCUUGCCGGGGGCGUUAUUUUCCAGUUUUUGAUGAGUCUUUCGAAGAAGUUAUCUAUCCAAAAGGGGAUACGGAUGCUGUUUCCAUUAGUAAGAGAGACGUUGAUUUGUUACAGCCAGAGACAUUCAUCAAUGAUACAAUAGUUGACUUCUAUAUCAAGUACUUGAAAAAUCAGAUUCAACCCGAGGAAAGACAAAGGUUCCACUUUUUCAAUAGUUUUUUCUUUCGAAAGUUGGCUGACUUGGACAAAGAUCCUUCAAGUGCUGCUGAUGGCAAGGCUGCUUUUCAACGAGUUCGUAAAUGGACGAGAAAAGUUGAUUUAUUUGAAAAGGAAUUCAUCUUUAUUCCCAUAAACUUUAGUCUACACUGGAGUCUAGUAGUCAUAUGUCAUCCUGGUGAAGUGGCUACAUUUCAGGAUGAAGAUCUAGACAAGUCACUUAAAGUGCCUUGUAUAUUGCACAUGGAUUCUAUAAAAGGAAACCAUUCAGGUCUCAAAAAUCUGAUUCAAAGUUAUUUGUGGGAAGAGUGGAAAGAGAGGCGCAAGGAGACAUCUGAAGAAAUGUCAUCAAGAUUUCACAACCUACGGUUUGUCUCCCUUGAGCUGCCACAACAGGAAAAUUCAUUCGAUUGUGGCCUGUUCUUACUUCACUACCUGGAGCUUUUUCUGGCUGAAGUUCCUUCUAAUUUUAGUCCAUUCAAGAUAACGAAGUCUUCCAACUUUCUGAAUAUCAAUUGGUUUCCACCCUCUGAGGCGUCACUCAAGCGAACUUUAAUUCAGAGGUUAAUUUUUGACCUCCUUGAAAAACGUUCUCGAGAAGUCUCUUCAUCGCCCAGCAGUGAUGAGGAUCCCCUUCCAUAUAGUAAUAGAAACGACGUUGCUAUGGAGUUUCUUUCAACAAGAUGCAAUCCUGGUCUAAGCUGUCAAGACAAUCUAUCAAGUUCCCAAGCUGGGCAGGGGAUUGAGAUGACUCUUUUAUCUUCAUCUUCCAUGAGGCCUUCACAGUGUGUUAACGAUUCUGGCUUGGUUCUCAAGGACCUUUUUGAUCCAGGAGCCUCUGCUGGAUCUUUAAUGGGACAAUGCCAAUCGUUUGACCAGAAAUCAUCAUAUUAUCGUCUAAAUGGAGCCAUAUCACAAUUGGAGGAGGAUACGGAAACUGGUGAACAGUUCAUGUUUUUACCUUCAGGAGAGUCUGGAUGUCAACUGGCGGGAAUUACAUCUCAAACUUGUGGCAUUCCUUAUCCACCAAAAAAUUAUGGUGGUGAUACAUAUGACAUUGGGAUCUCCUUACAAGCAGAACACAGGGAUAUGGAGUCAUCCAGUGAUUGUGUGUCAGAUGAUUCUUCAGAUGUAGCGAUCACCGAGACUUUCCCAGUUGUGGAGCGCUCAAGUCCAAAACAAGAGGAGAAAACUGAUGAACAAAGUUCUCAACCAGUUGAAAAUAUUGCAAUUGUUACAGAAGGCCUUGUUUCUGCCUCACAUGUGUUGCCAGAGGGGCCUGCUGCCGAAGCUUCUCAUAAGCAGGUUGGCAAUGAAGUGUUGCCAGACGAGCCUGAUGGCCAAGUUUCUCAAAACGAUGAUGUGAUGCUGGUUGGCAAUGGAGUGUUGCCAGACGUGCUUGAUGCCCAAGCUGCUCAAAACCAUGAUAUGAUGCCAGUUGGAAAUGAAAGUGGACUGCCAAUUCCCUCCUUCCUGGAAUAUCCUGAUAUGACGAUGCCUCAGGACUCAAUUAGGGAAGACAACGGGGUAGGUUCAAACGAUGGUCUGCAGGUGAUUGAGAAUGACCUGGUGGAUCCAGACUUGCCCAGACAGCAACCUGCGAAAAAGCCGAGGCUUGCACCUUCCUCAGAAGAUUCAUGUCAUGGUGUGCAGAUGAUUGACAAUGGCUUGGUGAUUCCAGGCUCACUUGGACAGCAACCUGCUGAAAAGCUGCGGCUUUCACCUUCUAUGGAGGUUAAAACUAGGGUGGUGGAAAGCCUCGACGAGGAUUCCCAUUUGUAGUCGAGGCAGAAGGGUCAUGUUCUCUCUCUUUUUGGGAAAAGAAGAAAGGAUGCAUAUUUGUAAAUGAAAUGUAGGUACUAGGUGCCAAUUUGAGAUGCUGUGAAUAGUUGUAGGGAUUAUACAGAACCGUGGUUGUUGGAUGGCUGAGUUGAAAAACUUGGUUAAAUUCUUUAGUUCUACGUCUCGUAAUUUAAGCUAUGGUAAAUUACCUUA